UAUACUUCCUUCUCGCUCUUGUAGCCCUUUUUGAAUGGGUGCUCCACAUACUGCCCUUUCUUCCCCAAAGCUGAAGGUUUUAUUUAAAAUAAAGCUGUUCAUUUAGCAUUUCUAGAAGACCCUUUUUUGAGGAUCCACAGCAAUGAAUGGCUUUGGAGCUGUGCUUCUAAGAAACCAGUUUAUUCUCCUGGUGCUAUUUCUCUUGCAAAUUCAGAUUCUGGGUCUAGACAUCGAUGGUCGCCCUACUGCAGAAGUCUGUGCCACGCACACAAUUUCACCAGGACCGAAAGGAGAUGAUGGUGAAAAAGGAGAUCCUGGAGAAGAGGGAAAGUAUGGCAAAAUGGGGCGCAGGGGGCCCAAAGGAAUUAAAGGUGAACUGGGUGAUAUAGGAGCCCAGGGCAAUAUUGGCAAGACUGGGCCAAUUGGCAAGAAGGGUGAGAAAGGGGAAAAGGGGUUGCUUGGGAUUCCCGGAGGAAAAGGCAAGGCAGGUACUGUGUGUGACUGUGGAAGAUACCGGAAAGUUGUUGGACAACUGGACAUUAGUGUUGCUCGGCUCAAGACGUCUAUGAAGUUCGUCAAGAAUGUCAUAGCAGGGAUUAGAGAAACUGAAGAGAAAUUCUAUUACAUCGUGCAGGAGGAGAAGAACUACAGGGAGUCAGUGACUCAUUGCAGGAUCCGGGGAGGAAUGCUAGCGAUGCCCAAAGAUGAAGCUGCCAACACACUUAUUGCUGACUACAUCGCCAAGAGUGGUUUCUUCCGGGUGUUCAUUGGGGUGAAUGACCUUGAAAGGGAGGGGCAGUACGUGUUCACAGACAAUACUCCACUGCAGAACUACAGCAACUGGAAGGAGGGGGAGCCCAGUGACCCCUACGGUCAUGAGGACUGUGUGGAAAUGUUGAGCUCAGGCAGGUGGAAUGACACAGAGUGCCACCUUACCAUGUACUUUGUCUGUGAGUUUGUCAAGAAGAAAAAGUGACUUUCCCUAUGCCACACAUUUGUUAUUUCCCUGUGACUAUCACUACAGUUAUUUUCACCCAUGUUUAUCUUCCUAAUUACACUAAAGUCAUUCUGACUAAAGACAAAAGGAAAUGCUAAACUGAGUUUUGGAAUCUGCAUCACUAUUCCUCUGUGACAGUUUUGAUGUUUUCAUGUAUGGUUUCUCAUUGACCCAACAGUUCACCAGGAUACAGGGGACCCAAGAGCAUUUGAAUUACUAGUCAAGUAGGAAGUGUUUGUCUACAACUCAAAUGAUGUAUUCUCUUGGCAUUUGCUCUGCCAUCUCUCCCUGGAGCCCUAUCCUCUGUGGAUAAUUGCACAGUUGGCUGAUGAUGAUUAGCCUAAUUUGCCUUUACUGAAAGCCAAACAUAUAGGAAGACCUUCUCUGACUAAUGUCAAAAUAUACCUAUCUUUGAACCCCACAUCCCUAAUUCUUUGAGCAGUCAUGCACCAUGGCCAAGUCAUCCUUGAAAGUUCCCCUUAUUUAUAGAGACAUAGAAACACCCUGAAUCUCAAUGUGAGGAUCUUCCAGCUUCGUGACCUAUUCCAGACAAUGUGGAAGCCUAGACACUCAUUUUGUGCUUCUGAUCUAUAACAUUUAAAGUACACCAAGCAAGUACUUCUGACACCCUUCUGUAGGUGUACACUAUUGUCUCUGGCCCUAAGAUAUUGAUUAUCCAAUUAACAGGAGACCCCAGAAAUCUAAAAAAAAAAAAAUAGGGUUUUUUUCCAAAAAAAUGUUUUAUAGUACUGUUAAAUUGCCCCUAGCUAUUAACAUGACUUCAUUUUUCCUUGUCAUAGACUUAUCCAUAUCAGCUUUUAAGCUUAUACCCUUAAGCAUGGAGUAUAGGGGAAGGGGUUUGUAAUUCCUUCAGAAAACUCUAAAAACUUCAAAUUGUCUCAAACAUCCAGCCUCAAAGUGUAAUACACCCUUGCCUCUAAUAUAUCACCCAUAUUAACAUUUCAUGGGAAGCCUUUUAGUCUCCAGAAAUCCAUAUUUUAAAAACUCUGAAUUAGAGAUGUCAUUUCUAAUACUCAGACAUCUCAGGAAUGUGCCAAGUGUGUAGUUCAGAACAUGCCUAAAACUCUCAUAUUUACUAAUCUGAUAACAUUACCCCUUGAACUAUAGAUCAAACCUCAAAGUGCUUUCACUUGGAAUUUAAAAAUAAACAGUUCAACAAAACUGAUGCUUCAGUUAUGGUUUGUGACAUAUGAUUAGACAGUUUAAGAUGCUGGCAAAAUUGUUAAUGAAAUAACAAAAACAGAUCAACAACAUAUGUUCACUUUAAACCAUCUGUCCAUGAUUUCACUCAUGACUAACUGAUUAUGAGAUGGGAUUUAACUGGGUUAUUUCUGUGGGGCCACAGAAUAAGAAGGGCCACAAACUCAGAUCCUACAGGAACCAGUCCGAUGACACAAAUGAAUGAGGUGGAAAUGUGUGGCGCACUGAUCACAGCUUGCCAUGCUAAAGGAGUUCACUGCUCCUCAGUCACUGCUAUAGUUGUCAUAGAGGAACCAAGUGUUGCUCCAUAUCUUGAUACUUCAACAGAAGUCAGAAUGCUGGAACUUCAUUAUGUCUUCAUAUUUUUUAAAGGUUGGCAACUAAUCAAUGUUUAACCAAGAUUUUAAGUCAUACAGAAUCUGCUAGCCAAAAUUGUGAUCUUUCCAUUUCUCACUUCUGGGGAAAAGUUCUGAAGGUUCUACCUAACUGUAAAGAACAUAAUUAGAAUAUGAUGACAUCAAAGUCAAAGUCUUCCAUAAAUGCUUAUUCAAUUAAGCUCAAUACAGGAAUCUGUUAAAUUGUGUGGCAUUUAUCAGGUUUUUAAACUUCUUCUGUAGUUUCUUUGGAAAUACAGCAGAGGAUAUUGUGAAGGCAAGGCAGUUUUAGUACAAAUUACACAGUGGUCUACCAUGCAAGGACUAUAUCCUUUGGUACAAGAUCAUCCAAGUUCACAAGGAAUGAGAACACAUAAGGAACACUUGGAGGUUUUUUAAAGGGAGAUAAUAAGAGAGGAGGAUGACUACAACAGAGAAUAUUGCCUAGAGGAAACACCCAUUGGGACCCAGGAUUUUUUCAAAGCCCCCUAAUAUGUGCAUCCUUAUUGUGUAUAUUACAAAUGUGAUUAUUAUUUUUAUUAUGAAUAUUAUAAUAACAACAGCAAUUCUCUCAACAACUCAUCUUUUCUGCCAAUGCUCCCAAGAGAAGAUGAAUUUCAAAGAAUAGUUAUCUGCAAAUGUGCAGCGAAGAGAUUUUGAAAGCACCACAAAAUUAGAAUUGCAGUUGCAGGCGGGCGCCACGGCUCACUAGGCUAAUCCUCCACCUUGCGGCGCCGGCACACCGGGUUCUAGUCCCGGUCGGGAUGCCAGAUUCUGUCCCGGUUGCCCCUCUUCCAGGCCAGCUCUCUGCUGUGGCCAGGGAGUAUAGUGGAGGAUGGCCCAAGUGCUUGGGCCCUGCACCCCAUGGGAGACCAGGAAAAGCACCUGGCUCCUGGCUCCUGCCAUCGGAUCAGCGCGGUGCGCCGGCCGCAGUGCGCCAGCCGCGGCAGCCAUUGGAGGGUGAACCAAUGGCAAAGGAAGACCUUUCUCACUGUCUCUCUCUCACUGUCCACUCUGCCUGUCAAAAAAAAAAAAAAAAAAAAGAGUUGCAGUGAAAACAAUAUUUGUGAAGCACUUUGUGAUUUAUAAAAUGCCUUUGUAUAGUUCUCAUUUUAGCCUUACAAACUGAGAAGUUAGACGGCAUUUUUUACAGCCAUUUGCCUGAAAAGGCUACUAAGGCCCAAACAACCUAAGUAAUUUACCAAAAUCGACUUAUUUGCCAAUUGAAUGUUCUCUCCAGCACCUGUCCAUUGCUCUUAUAUUGAAUUGAAAUGCAUCCACAAUGCCUUUGUGAAUAGCAAGGGCUUACAAUCUCUCUCUCUCUCUCUCUCUCUUUCUCUCUCUCUCAAUUCUAAGCAAAAAAAAAUGAGGAUUAAAUAAAAUAAAGAUAGCGGGAAUUCUGAAACUUACCUUAGAAAGUCUGUGUUCACUGGUUUAUUUUUUCAGUCACAAAUGUCUACAUAAUAAAAUAAGUAUCAUGAAAGUGAUUCAGAUCAACCUCAGUACAAUAUGCAUAUAAUUGAAAUUAAUCUGAUAUAUAAAAAUCAAGACUUAUUCAAAAGAGAACUGACUGAACUUCCCACUGGAGAAGUUCAUUAAAUAAUUGACAUUUAAGCCAUUUUCAUUCUCUAAAUGUUAAAUUUAAACUAAAUUUUUCAGGGGUAUGUUCCUUACAAGAAAGAACUACAGCUGUUCCAAGGGAAGAAAAUGAAAAACUUGUUCACAAUUUCACAACACUGCCUUUUCAAAGUAUUCUUUUCAUUUCUUUUCAACACAUUAUUUAACAAGGCAAGAAGAAAUACUUUAUGUCUAGAGUCAUUGUCCAAACACAGUAGAAAAGUGUACGUACAUGGUAGGUGGAGAAAAGUAUAAUAGUAUUUAUUGAACUUUGUACAGCUCACACAUAAAAACUGCUGGAAUUAAAAAAAAUCUAUUUUGUUCUUAUAUCUAUGUUGCCCGAUAUGGGUUGUUGUGAUUGUCAUUAACCAACAAAUUUUCAGCUCUCUGGAUUACAUGCUUUGAGGCCAUGAGAUAUCUGUAGAAUAGGAAAGGUAAGUAAAUUAAUCAGCAUCACUCACAGCAUCAUCAACAGACCAAGACUGGAAUUUUGCAGGUGUUAUUGCUGAUAAGAAAAUGACAGUGUGAUUCCACAUAGGGUAACACCAUUUGCCAGCACUGCUUAGGAAUUCAAAAUCCAUUCCUAGUGUCCUGACUGCCUGAUUGCCAGUGUCAUUGUACCAUUGACUUGUGCCACACAAGAGGAAUAUUUUAAGCGCUCUAAGCCUUUUUUUUUUCUUAA